AUGAGUGCAAAGACAAACAUCAAGAAGUACGGAACAGACAUCACAAACGUCAGCACAAGCAAGCUCCCAACAAACUUGCAGCGCGUUGGAUUCGUCGUAAUCAACUGCUACAUCGGAACAAGAUACUCGCUUGGCGACGGUCCAAUGAACGACGGAUACAACAUGGCGAAGUGCCUUAAGAGAUAUGGAUACCAGGUAUACUACAUAGUAGACUCUAAGAAGAAGCCAUUCCUCGAGAAACUCGCAUUCUUCCUUCAGAACACAAAGACAGAGCUCGCCCUCUUCUACGUCGGACAUGGAACUAAUGUCGCAGAUCUCAACGGUGACGAAGAUGAUGGUCAGGAUGAGGCUCUCGUCUUCGUAGAUGGAAAUAUCAUUGAUGAUGAACUCCUCCAGACACUCGCAGAAAACAAGUGCCCAGAAAACAAAGUAAUCUUGAUCUCAGACUGCUGCCACUCAGGAACAGUUUGGGACCUCCAGAGCAAGAACAUCGGAAACGUCAGAAUCCAAGCAAACUUCGUCUCCGUAUCUGCUGCAAACGACAAGCAGACAGCAAAGCAGACAGUCGCAGAUAGAGUCGAACAAGGAAUGUUCACAUACAAUCUGAUGAAAGCUCUCGAGCAAGAACCCAACAUGACAGCAAUGGAGUGCAAGAAACGCCUCGCAACAUCACUCAGGAAGUAUGCACAAACUGUAACUGUUGCUUCAACAACGCCAUCUCUACUCAACGUUCCAAUAUUCAACUUAGUUUAA